CUGCCCAUCCAGGUAUAAGAGACUCCGAAGAAGAAAGCGGGUUUAAAUCGCGCUAAGCUAACAGCAAAAUCAGCAUAUAUAAAGAGUCAAGUUCGGUGCGAAGAGCGAUCCGGUCGAGACCUUUCACUUCAGAAUAAGAAUACAGCGAAGUAUACGUGUUUUUCCGUUUUUUUACGGAGCGGAAUCUCGAGAUUAUCACCGAAACAAAGAAAUCGCGGGCUAAAGAAACGGCCGAGGGACAGUGUAUUCGGUACGGCGCCUUUUGAGCUCCUGUUAGCGUCAAAUUAAAACCAGCGGAACCUUUUAACUCCGUUACUUUAAGUAUUUUUUUUUAUGUAUUUAGACUUGACGUUCGUACCGCGUAGUCCUACUAUGGUCAUAAUGGAGGUGCCAAGCAUCGACUGCGCGACCUUUAGGGACUUGCUGAAGGAGAGCGGAUCCGCUUGCUUGGUGUUGGACUGCCGCUCCUUCUUCUCCUUCAACUCGUCCCACAUCCCCGGCUCUACCAACGUGCGCUUCAGCACCAUAGUGCGGCGCCGGGCGCGGGGCGGCUUGGGCUUGGAGCACAUCCUGCCCAACGAGGAGACGCGGAGCCGGCUGGCGUCCGGUCACUACCGCACCGUCGUUUUCGUGGACGAUCGCAGCCUGGACUUUAAGCAGGUGAAGAAGGACGGCACUUUGAUGCUUGCCGUCACCGCCCUGUGUCGCCACCACUGCGACGCCUCGGUGUCUUUGCUCAAAGGUGGCUUUGAGACCUUUUCCUCCAAGUUUCCCGAGAUGUGUACUAAGCCGGCUCCACCACAAGGCUUGUGCCUCCCACUGAGUGCCAGUUGCGAGCCCAACAGCGCAGAUUCUAGCUGUAGCUCCUGUCAUACACCCCUCUACGAUCAGGGUGGUCCUGUGGAGAUCCUGCCCUUUCUCUACUUGGGCAGUGCCUACCACGCCUCCAGGAAAGACAUGCUGGACGCUUUGGGCAUCACAGCCCUCAUCAAUGUCUCUGCCAACUGUCCCAACCACUUUGAGGGUCACUACCAGUAUAAGAGUAUUCCAGUAGAGGACAACCACAAGGCUGACAUCAGCUGCUGGUUCAUCGAAGCCAUUGAAUUCAUCGACUCUGUGCGGAACAAAGGUGGCCGCGUCUUCGUGCAUUGCCAGGCGGGCAUCUCUCGCUCGGCCACCAUCUGCUUAGCGUACCUGAUGCGGACCAACCGCGUGAAGCUAGACGAGGCCUUCGAGUUCGUCAAGCAGCGGCGCAGUGUCAUCUCGCCAAACUUCAGCUUCAUGGGACAGCUGCUGCAGUUCGAGUCCCAGGUGCUGGCGUCGUCAACCUGCUCUGCCGAAGCCGGAAGCCCUGCCACGGGCAAGAGCGCGAAUGUCUUCAGCUUCCCCGUCUCCGUUCCGGUCCGCGCCGGAGCCAGCCCCUUGGCCUUCCUGCACAGCCCCAUCGCCUCAUCUCCCAGUUGCUGAGUCGUGACCCAACACCAGGAUACCUUUUUGGUGCUCUUCUGAACUUGUCGAUCUGCCUCUGCAGGACUGAGCAGACAAAACGAACAAUGAAGGAAUUUAAUUUGUUAGUCUGAGAUUUUAAGGUCCUUGUCUAAUCUCUUUAAGGAUGAUGACAUUUCUAAACUUUACCUGGUCCACUGGCUUAUGUCACGGACUACAGCUCAUGCUGAGACUGAACUGACAUCAGUCUUUUGCGAUAACGUUGAAUGGCAGUAUUAUCACUCCUGUCUUGUGAAAUGAAGCAUUCAGCUCACGCUGAAAAGUGACCGCACCCCAUCCCUAUCCCCAACUGACAUUUGACAGAGUGCACCCAGGAAAACAUGUAUCUGACACAAAAAGAAGUCUUGUGCCUGUCACAGGCAUAUAUAUUUUACAGUGAAGUCAGGUUUGAUGCUGGCUGAUAGUGUGGCCAGAUAAUUGAAGCUGCUGUUGAUAAUCAUUUGUGUAAGGUAGCAUAGGGGAGAACCAGUCAUAUUUAUUAAUGUUCUCAGGUAUAUCUCUUUUCCUGCGUGGUCCUAAACUCUUAUGGUAGUCUGCCGGAGACCCUCUGGCAUCUCAGCAGCUGCCGUGGUCAGUCACGUAACCCAACAGUAAAGUGGAAUUGGGGACAGGAUCCACAGAAUACCUCAAUCUUCGAGUAUGCUGCAGUUCUGUGAACUUAUCCCAAGAGCACUAAUAUGGGAAAAGACACAGGAAAUCAGUUUGAUAUGUGAUAUUUAUAAACCAAAGUUAAUAUAUUCUAUUUUUUUACACUGCAUUUUAUACCGUGAAAUAAAUCUUUUGUGUACCA